AUGGCUGUCCAGUCAACCCUUCGGCGUCCGGAGGAUCCCCUCCUAGCACUAUAUCGUCAUUACUCCGAUCUCGUACGCUCCAAGUUCCACCGCACAUCCAAAACAACCCGCUUGAUUGCAACGAUAGCCCUUCUUUUCUCCAUCAUCGGCUCGAGUUAUGGAGGCUAUCAAUGGUUCCGAGGAAGAGCCAAGGAGCGAGCCCGCGGUCGCCGUCUAUUACGCCGGAACUCUGGUAUCCGGGGUAAAGAUGGAUCUCGUACUAUCUACGUACCAUACAAAGACUCUUUAACCUCCAAGGUCUUGAUCCAUCCCACCAAGCCGACUACCUUUGACGCUCAUCGACGACUAUUCCUCAACCCCCCGGCAUCGGCUCGCAGCAAAGAUGAUGGCUCGGCAAGCCAGAUCCCUCCCCCUACAACCAAACCAGGUCUAAAUUUGGCAUUCCUACAUCAGUUCUUAAGCUUGGGUAGUAUUAUGGUCCCGAGAUGGGGAAGCAAAGAGACUGGAUUGCUGAUGAGCCACGGCCUUUUUCUCUUGUUGCGAACAUACCUUUCACUAUUGAUUGCACGGCUUGACGGUGAGAUUGUGAGGGAUCUAGUCGCUGGAAAGGGAAAAGCUUUCCUUUGGGGUAUCCUCAAGUGGUGUGGAAUUGGAACUCUGGCUUCAUAUACCAAUGCGAUGAUCAAAUUCCUCCAAUCGAAGGUGUCCAUCGCCUUCCGCACUCGGUUGACCCGGUAUAUCCACGACUUAUACCUAACCGACAAUAACAAUUACUAUAAAUUGAUGAAUUUGGACGGUGGAAUUGGUCAAAGCCCCGAUCAAUUUAUCACGCAGGAUCUUACCCUGUUCUGCACGGCUGCCGCAUCAUUAUACUCCUCAAUGGGAAAGCCGUUGGUGGAUCUUUUCGUAUUCAACUACCAACUUUACCGCUCACUCGGCCCCCUUGCCCUGAGCGGCAUUUUGGCUGGGUACUUCAGUACAGCUGUGGUGCUCCGGAAACUGUCACCACCAUUUGGAAAGCUCAAGGCAGUAGAGGGCAAGAAGGAAGGAGAUUUCCGUGGCCUGCACUCUCGACUUCUAGCCAAUGCCGAAGAAAUCUCGUUCUACGGCGGAGCUGAUACCGAGCGGGUGUUCCUGGUCAGAAGCUUCAAGGAGCUGCAACGAUGGAUGGAGGGCAUUUACAGCCUCAAGAUCCGCUACAACAUGCUCGAAGACAUGAUCCUGAAGUACUCCUGGUCAGCAUUUGGUUAUUUGAUAACUUCCCUACCCAUCUUCCUCCCCGCCUGGGGUGGCUCAGGUGGUGCAAUGGAAUUGGCCAAUGCACCCGAGGCUACGGGUCGCGAGCGUGGCCGUAUGAAGGAGUUCAUCACUAACAAACGCCUCAUGCUUUCACUCGCCGAUGCUGGAGGCCGCAUGAUGUACAGCAUUAAGGACAUCUCAGAACUGGCUGGCUACACCUCUCGCGUCUACAGCCUCAUCGCCACAUUGCACCGUGUUCAUGCCGAUGCGUAUUACACCCCGCGGGGCUCGCAUCCCGAACUAUACUCUCUUGCCGAUUCCCAAGGCACCACCCACAACGGUUUCGACGGAGUCCGCCUAGAGCAGGUCCCGAUCGUCGCACCAUCCCUCCACCCAAUGGGCGGCGACGAACUCAUCGAGUCGCUCUCAUUCAUCGUCCACUCAGGCGAACACCUCCUCAUCUCAGGUCCAAACGGCGUAGGCAAGUCUGCUAUUCCCCGUAUUGUGGCCGGACUCUGGCCUGUAUACCGCGGCCUGGUCAGUCGUCCUCGAGGCUUUGGCCUCGACGGAAUCAUGUUCCUCCCCCAGCGGCCAUAUCUCAGCGUCGGCACUCUGCGCGACCAAGUGAUCUACCCGCACACGGAGGUCGACAUGCGCGAAGCCGGCGAGACCGACGCCGCUCUACAGAAGAUCCUCGACGACGCCCAUCUAGGUUAUCUGCCACAACGUGAAGGCGGCUGGGACGCUCGCAAGGAGUGGAAGGAUGUUCUGAGCGGUGGUGAGAAGCAGCGUAUGGGCAUGGCACGGCUCUUUUACCAUGAGCCACGGUAUGCAUUCAUGGACGAAGGCACUUCUGCUGUUUCUUCGGAUGUUGAGGGCUUGCUAUACGAUAAUGCCAAGGAGCGAGGUAUCACUCUCAUCACCAUUUCGACGCGGGCGUCUUUGAAAAAGUACCAUACCUAUAACCUGAAUCUUGGCCUAGGUGCUGAAGGCGAGGUCUGGGAGUUCGAGAGAAUCGGUACUGAGAAGGAGAAGCUUGGCGUCGAGAAAGAACUUCAGGAGCUGCGGAAGCGCCUGGAUAAGGUGGAUGAGUGGAAACAGCGCCGCGAGGAAAUUGAUCAAGAGCUUCAGAAGGUUUGGGCUAAUGAGGGUGAAGUCGCACCGCCGCCUUAUCAGGAAGAAGAGCACUCUGGUUCUGAGGCUCUAGUUGAAGUAACUGCAAAUUGA